GCGGCAUCUCCGUUUCUCAGGCACCCAUCUCCCCAACUGGAUUUCGAUGGGACAGACAGUGGAUGGUUGUGAAUUCAAAAGGUCGAGCCAUUACCCAAAGAGUUGAAUCAAAGCUAGCUCUAAUUGAAACUGAAUUACCAAAUGAGGCUCUAUCUGAUGGUUGGGAACCAAAUAAGCACUCGUAUCUUGUAAUUAGGGCCCCUGGUAUGGAUGCACUGGAAGUUCCAUUAUCAAUUAAGCCUUGUCCUCAGACAAUAACAGAUACCAUUACAGUGUGGGAAUGGUCUGGCUCUGGACUUGAUGAGGGUGAAGAAGCAUCACAAUGGUUCUCGAACUAUCUCGGGAAACCCGCUCGCCUAGUGCGCUUUAAUGAAGUCUUCGAAACAAGACCCGUGGACCCCAAUUAUGCCAACGGAUACAAAGUUAAAUUUAGUGACGGCUAUCCGUUCCUCAUGAUAUCACAAGGGUCGUUAGAUGCCUUAAAUGCCCUUCUCGAGGAGCCAAUUCCAGUGAAUCGUUUUAGACCCAAUAUACUUGUUGAUGGAUGCGAACAAUAUGCUGAAGAUUUAUGGAAGGAGAUCCUCAUAAGCAAGUUCCCCUUCUACGGUGUUAAAUUAUGCAGUCGUUGCAAGGUACCUACAAUCAAUCAAGAAACAGCAGAAGUGGGGAGUGAACCAACUGUGACAUUGAAGCAGUUUCGUUCGGACAAAGUAUUGCUUCCGAACAAGAAACAAAAGGGAAAUGUGUAUUUUGGACAGAAUAUGGUUUCUGCUGAAUCCCUUAAUGAAGGAGGAGCAAAGCUAAUAAGAGUUGGUGAUCCAAUUUAUGUCAUCAAAGCAAUUUUAUCCUGCACCGAUGCUGCAACUUGAACUCUUCCCUUUAUGAUCUUAGUUAAUAAAUCCCCAUUUUGUAUGAUGUGGAUCAAUAUGAUGUAUAACUUUCCCACAUUAUCACUAUCAUAAUUUUGAACAUCUUAUCAGAAAAAUUGACAGGGGAAUUAAUACAGAAUAAAUUCUCAUGUUAUUGUGUAUAGAAUGUGUAGGUUCCGGUGGCUAUUUUCUCCUGCUUGACCCGUUUGGAUUGGGUUUGGAUGAAUAAAUUGCAUAGGAAGGAUUCCAGACUGGAGCUUGAGCAGACUUCAAAUGACAAACUUUUCAAGGGUCUUUUGAUAGAUUGGUGGUAUUCUAAAGGUCGGGUAAAAUGCAAAUAAGGCAAAAUAAAUGUUGGGAAAAUUUUCAAUAGGAAUAAAAACAAUGUGAAAUUAAAUAUGAAUAUUGUUUUUCUUCCCAAAUAGGAGUAACAUAUGUCAUUCUAAAAUUAUAUUGCCAUACUUUUGUAUUACCAAUAAUUAAUAUGAAGCAUUAAUGCAUAUUUGACAGUA